GACAGCUUCAUAUUUUAUACCUGGAAUACUCUAUCGCACCUGUCAGAGGGAGCGCACCACCAAAAGUCUAGAUUAAAUGUUUUAAAUGAUAAAAAAUAGCAGGUUGCUUUGUCUCUGGACUGGUAAAGAAACUUAAUCGUUAAAAAAAGUUCAAAAAUGUCCAUUCGUAUGGAAAGCAUAUACGACUCGCGUACACGUAUAUGUUUUUCUCUGCAUACGAUUCACCUCAUUCACACAUGUUCAAAAUUUGAACCAACCAAAGCUUGGAAGAGAAUCGAGGGUUACCUACCUAGGGUUUAAAACACAAAAAGCUCUGCAGAAUAUAGCGGAUACUUGGAGACACACCAGCAGGACAUCAUCAUACCAUAUGUGCUAAUUUAUCUUUAUUUACGCUUUCCUAGUUUAGAAGCUGAUUUGGCGAGGAUGGCAAUUGGUGUGGCAUAACACGUAGAAAAAAAAUGCGAAGAUUUGUAAAAGGAAAGAUCUAAGCUCUCUAAACAGUUGCCUAUCAGAGAAGAAAUAAAAGCUAUGGCGAAGACGCGGCCUGUAAAGAAAUCUCUGGACUCUUACACUAUCAAAGGAACGAACAAAAUCGUGAAAGCUGGAGACUGUGUGUUGAUGCGCCCGUCAGAUACUGAUAAGCCGCCGUACGUAGCUAGAGUGGAGAAAAUUGAGAGCGACCGGAAUAAUAACAUUAAGGUGAAAGUGCGGUGGUAUUACAGGCCGGAGGAGUCGAUUGGGGGCCGCCGGCAGUUUCACGGCGAGAAGGAGCUCUUUCUUUCCGACCACUUCGAUAUCCAGAGCGCCGAUACAAUCGAGGGCAAGUGUACGGUUCACAGCUUCAAAAAUUAUACUAAGCUUGACAGUGUCGGUGCAGAUGAUUAUUUCUGCCGGUUUGAGUAUAAAUCUGCGACAGGUGGCUUCACGCCCGACAGAGUCGCAGUGUAUUGUAAGUGUGAAAUGCCGUACAAUCCCGACGACCUAAUGGUUCAGUGCGAGGGUUGUAAAGACUGGUUUCACCCUACUUGUAUGAAUAUGAGUCCAGAACAGGCAAAGAAAAUUGAACACUUCUUUUGCCCCAGUUGUUCGUCUGAAGAUGAGGACAAGAAGUCACGGAAUUCUCAUGUUGUUUCAGCACCCAUAGAGGCAAAGUCCGAGUAUUAUCAAUUGCAGAUGCAUCUUCAAGGGAGGAUUACGAGAGAACUAGGGAAUGAGGAUUGUGUAGUUGAUGUGAUUUGAGCUGGUUUGCUAGAAAGAAAUUGGAGCUACACCCACAAUAAGCUGGAGUCAAAACGGCGAAGGAUGUAACUCUAUUGUUAAGAUUAUACUUUGAACUGUAACAAAAUCUUGAGGGAAUUUCUUUGGAUGAGUGGUAUGGUUUUAGAAGUAUCCACAAAAAUGCAUAUAAGGAUGUUCACAGUGCAGACAUAAGUGUUACAGUGCAUAUUCCAACCUGGGGUUUCCUUGUACAGUUUGAGAUCUUAUCUAUGGGCAAUGAAGUCGAAAUUGAGCUCGGUUGGUGAGAUGUGAAUGCUGCAUUUAUUGUAAGGGUAUCAACUUGAAACAUAUUUUGUGUUUGAGCAUCUUGUGAUGACUUUUGAGAUUAUAUCACUAAAACUGGAUGUGAAGUUGGGUUCUUUUGACCACUAUUAAUUGGGAAGGACAAUAUUUAUCGUCUAAUAUAUUGUGUUUUGUGUUUUGA